GCAGCAGCGGCAACAGAAGCAGUUGACUUCGCGCGAGCUGACGAACCCGCUCGGCUCGUGCCUUGGUGUGCGGUUGUCUCCUCCGUCACUGUCGUCCGGGGGCUCCGGCCCGGUGUCCGAGCAGCCACAGCCGCUGAGAACCGUCAGAGAAAUGUGUCACCCGUGCACGGAGGAGGAGAGUGACAGCCGCUUCAAUAAAACAGAUAAACCAUCAUGAUUCCCAUCACAGAGCUCCGGUACUUUGCUGACACCCAGCCAGCGUACCGUAUCCUGAAACCAUGGUGGGACGUUUUCACCGACUACAUCUCCAUCGUCAUGCUGAUGAUUGCCGUGUUCGGUGGGACGCUGCAGGUCACACAGGACAAGAUGAUCUGCCUGCCUUGCAAGUGGGUGGUCAACAAGACCUGCGAGACAAUGCCCAUCCCGAAUGUGAGCCUGGCCUAUGCACCAGAACCUAAAGGGAUCCAGUAUGACCUCGACCGUCACCAGUAUAACUAUGUCGAUGCCGUCUGCUACGAGAACAAACUCCACUGGUUUGCCAAAUAUUUCCCUUAUCUGGUGCUGCUCCACACUCUCAUCUUCUUGGCCUGCAGCAACUUCUGGUUCAAGUUCCCCCGCACAAGCUCCAAACUGGAGCACUUUGUUUCCAUCCUCCUCAAGUGCUUCGACUCCCCGUGGACAACGAGGGCUUUGUCUGAGACGGUGGUGGAGGAGAGCGACCCCAAGCCCCUGGGGAAAAUGAACGGCUCUUUGGACAAGAAGGCCUCGUGUGUGAGCGAGGACGUGGAGGCCAGCGUGCCGAUGCUCCAACGAACAAAGUCUAGAAUCGAACAGGGAAUCGUAGAUCGCUCUGAAACUGGAGUUUUGGAUAAAAAAGAGGGGGAACAAGCCAAGGCUCUUUUUGAGAAGGUGAAGAAGUUCAGGAUCCAUGUAGAGGAGGGUGACAUUGUGUACCGUCUCUACAUCCGUCAGACUAUCAUCAAAGUAAUCAAAUUUAUGCUCAUAAUCAGCUACACAGCCUACUAUGUAGGCUACAUCAGGUUCAGUGUAGUCUGCUCGGUGAAUAUUCAGAAACUAACAGGAUACAGUACGUUUUAUUGCGCCCAUCCAUUAGCAACACUUUUUAAGAUAUUAGCGUGUUUCUACAUUAGCUUAGUGGUAGUUUAUGGUCUCAUCUGCAUGUACACAUUGUGUUGGAUGCUCAGCCGCUCCCUCAAACGAUACUCCUUUGAAUCAAUCCGCGAGGAAAGCAGCUACAGCGACAUCCCCGACUUGAAGAAUGACUUUGCCUUCAUGCUCCACAUGAUCGAUCAGUAUGACCCCCUGUACUCAAAGCGCUUUGCCGUGUUCCUGUCAGAGGUGAGCGAGAACAAGCUGAGGCAGCUGAACCUGAACAAUGAAUGGACGUUGGAGAAGCUGAGGCAGCGAAUCACCAAAAACUCACAGGAGAAGCUGGAGCUGCAUCUCUUCAUGCUCAGCGGGAUCCCGGACACGGUAUUUGAUCUGGUCGAGCUGGAGGUUCUCAAACUGGAGCUUAUCCCCGAUGUAACUAUCCCACCAAUCAUCGCCCAGCUCUCCAACCUGAGGGAGAUGUGGCUCUAUCACACACCGGCUAAAAUUGAAGCUCCAGCUCUGGCUUUCCUCAGAGAGAACCUGAAGUCUCUUCAUAUUAAGUUCACAGACAUCAAAGAGAUCCCACUGUGGAUCUACAGCUUGAAGAACCUCAGUGAGCUACACCUAACCGGGAACCUGAGCGCUGAGAACAACCGCUUCAUAGUCAUCGAUGGUCUACGGGAGCUCAAAAGUCUCAAAGUUCUACGCCUGAAAAGCAACCUGACCAAGCUGCCCCAGGUGGUGACAGACGUGGGCGUGCACCUUCAGAAGCUCUCCAUCAAUAAUGAGGGAACCAAACUGAUGGUGCUCAACAGCCUGAAGAAAAUGGUCAACCUGACAGAGCUGGAGCUCGUUCGCUGCGACCUUGAACGCAUCCCACACUCCAUCUUCAGUUUGCACAACCUGCAGGAGAUCGACCUGAAGGACAACAACCUGAAGACGAUCGAGGAAAUCAUCAGCUUCCAGCACCUUCACCGCCUCGUGUGCCUGAAGCUGUGGUACAACCAGAUCGCCUACAUCCCCAUCCAGAUCGGGACGCUCACCAACAUGGAGAGGCUGUAUCUGAACAGGAACAAGAUUGAGAAGAUCCCCAGUCAGCUUUUCUUCUGCCGCAAACUGCGCUUCCUAGACCUGAGCCACAACAAUCUCACCAGCAUCCACGCUGACGUGGGCUUCCUCCAGAACCUGCAGUACUUCGCCGUCACGGCAAACAGGAUUGAGACUUUGCCCCCAGAGCUGUUCAAGUGCAAGAAGCUGCGGACUCUGAAUCUGGGAAACAACUGCCUGCAGACCCUGCCCUCGCGCUUUGGAGAGCUCACCGGGUUGACACAGCUGGAACUGCGAGGGAACCGACUGGAGUGUCUCCCCGUGGAGCUCGGCGAGUGUCGGCUGCUGAAGAGAAGCGGCCUGGUGGUGGAGGAGGAUCUGUUCAACACUCUGCCAUCAGAAGUCAAAGAACAGCUCUGGAGGGCUGACAAAGAGCAAGCUUGAGCCCAAACCACAUUGUAGAGUCAAAAUAAGAAACGCUUGGCUGAAGAUAGACACAAGCAAUCAUUUUGUUUGUAAAGUAAAACAAAUCCCAAGAGAUUUGUAACAGCGUUGGCCAUGCAGGCUCAGAAUAGUGAUGGCUUGAAGGGGCUUUCCUUAGAGGAGCUAUAAAAGCAUGGAUAUCAACUUUUACAACCUCAAAGGAUGCCCCCGGUUCUCAUAGUAAAAGCUCUACACGGUUAAGCAAUUUGGCUUUCCUGUAAAAUUAUCUUACCUAUAACGCUGCAAGGAUGCAAGCAGUUGAUGUCGAAUAUGCAUGUCACAGUAGGACCAGGCUCAGCUAACCUGUCAAGGUCCAAAACAAACAGGAAAGACUUUGCACGGUCCAGCCACGCCACAGUGAGCUAAACACAUUCACUAUUUCUUUUUGCUGAUCAUGCACAAGCAGUAUUUGCCUGACCUUUCUCUGGCCUUGAGACUUCAAUCUUACUCCUGACAUUUUUUGUUUUGCAAUUGCAGGAAGAUUUGGCUGCAGAAAAGGAUGUAAGGGGAAUGCAACCAGCAGCCGAUUUGUUGAGGCAUGAAGGUUUGCUCCUAAGGCUCUUUGGUUGCUCAACAUAAUUGGAGGCUUCUUUUUUGUAUUUGAGUGUAAAAGACUCUGACAAAGAUGAACAGACCCCGCGGCUGAUUGCUCAGCUUUGGCCUUAACCAUGGAGGACUGAUGCAACGGCAUCAAAGAAACUGUCAAAUGUUUAGCUGAAAAUGAAUGGGAACACACUCAACAGUACAAUGUCUGAACACCUCACGGUGGUUAAUUUAUAACCUGUGUGGUAAGAGAUUUUUUAGCUGUGUUGGAGAAACCAUCCAUCCUUCCUGAACUUAUUUACUUUAUGGGAGCCAGGCGUUAUCUUAUUUUGCAUGACAUCACACAUUACUUGCAUGUCUUAUUGAUGUAUGUGAGGUUGAGUGAGAUUGGGCCUUGUAGAAGAAGGUCAGUAAUUUAUUUUCAUAUAUUUUUUAUUUUUGAAUACUAUCACACAUUGGUAUCAUUUUAGGCCUGUUUUUUUGGCCUCUUUUUGCCUUUAUUUGAUCAGAUAACAGACGAUAGAAAUGCAAGAAAGAGACAGGGUGACUUGGAGCUUAAGGCAAGGGAUGAAUUGAAUGUGAGAUUGUGCAAAAAAGGAUUCUGCAUUUUUGAUUUUGGGAGUUUGGGCAUUUUUUAACAGGCUUUAGUGUGGUUGGUUUAUCUUUGGAAUAAUGCAAGAUCCAGUAGAAGUGAGUGACUAAAGGCAAAACAUAAUUUUUUGUUGUUUUAAAGUUCCUUUCUGAACGAAGUGGUGAUCUUGAGAGACUCUUUUUAACUUGUGCGUGACUAGACAAACUACAGAAGGUGCCCCCAUGCUAACAUAAAAGGUUACCCCUGUUUCAGACCUAUAGGACACUCCCUAUAGUGUUUUAUUUAUUUGUUUUAUGAAAUUUAAAUCAUGCAGGCUUGCACAAUUCUCCUCACACAACCAGACCAAUUAAACAAGGAAGAAUCAAUGUACUUUUUUAUGCUCGGUUGGAUUUUGAAUUAUGAGACCUUAGGUAAUGAUUAUCUCUUUGGAUGAACUCCUGCAGACAAGAGACAGGAGACUUUUUUAACCUGCUGCCAGGUACUGCCAGUCCACAAAGGGAAAAUACGUGACUUAAAGUGCCCGGCUGUUUGCUCAGUUUCCUCCUGGGCAAACUGGACAUUUUUCAGAGCUUCUGUUUAUCCAAACGGAGGACAAACAGGAAAUUAGAGUGAAGGAAACUGUGUGACUGACCUACACAAGGGAAACAUUUACUCGCAGUAUGCCGAGUAUGUGAUUUCCAAAUUAGAGCAACGUGCUUUGUGUGCUUGAAACACUUUUCUUGUUAAGGCCUUGGAUUUAUUAGCAUCAUUUGGAGUAUGUUUACUCCACCCUGGCAUCUCGUUGCUAAUAUGGCCUUAAUCUUUUACAAGCUCUACGCCCUGUUAAUGAUCACAAACAUCGCGUUCAUGACUUGUUUUUCAUGUCUUCUUGUUAAAUGUAUAGCUUGUUUUUGUACAUUUCAGUAGUAUGGCGUAUGCUCUUAUUGUUACCACCUGUUUGGUUCAACUUUUUAAGAGAUUUGAGGGAAGUUUUACCGUUAUGGUACAAGUGCACCUUUGUUCACAGUGAAUUUUUGUUUUACCGACGCCUUGGCUGAAUCCAAAUACCCUUUUUUUAGGGGCAGUAGUGAGGUAUUCCCUACAAAGUUAUUCCCUGAAAAUGGAGCCUCAGUCCCGAAUGUGUUCACUAGCAACCAGGUUCAAGUUGAAAUUAAAGGUCACAGGCAAAUCUGAGAGCAAAAAGGAGCAGGCAACAACCUAGACAGGGCAUCAGUUAGAGGGAAUUUCAGCUUUUCCAAUGUGUUACAAUUUUAAAAUUGAUCAUUUAGAGUCCUCUUUGUUAUAUGUGUGCUCUGGUUUAUAUUUUUGUGGUGCCAAAUUAAAGCAGAACUUGUUUUUUCUAGAGAAGCUGACUGGUUAGAUGCCAAAUGAUGAAAACAGGCAAAUAGCUGAAAUAUUAGCUUGUUAAAACUCCUGUGAGGAACUCUUGGUUGAGGUUGAUUUUGGCGCCCCCUCUGGACAAAGCAGAAUGUAAUUUAUUUGGUUUUCCGCUGCUGUCCUGUUCUUGUGAAAUAGUUUUUUUCCCUCAAAAAAGUCUCAUCCAACUCUUUAACCCUCUGAGACCAGCGUUUGUAUAACAAGAAGAGACAGGUUAUUCAAAGUGAAAUAACUUUUGAACCAUAAAUUGUAGCCACUCGUGUAUUUCCUUUGUAAGCCCUCUGUUGUGCCGUUCUAAUGAUGCUAUCCACAUCAUCGUAGCACUUACAGAACAUUUUCUAGCAAGCCUGGAACUUGGCUGACUUUCCAGUGUCUUCUAAGAUUGAAUCCACACCAGUAACUACAAUAUUGAAUGUCUUUUACUGCUGUUAACAUAUACAACAAGAACAGACACAAGUUAUUCAUAGUAAGAUAAAUUUUGAACCAUAAAUCAUAGCAACUACCUUGUUUUUCCUUCUGAAAGCCCUCCGUUGUGCCAUUCUAAUGACGCUAUCCACGCCAUCACAACUCUUACAGAACGUUUUCUAGUAAGUCUGGAAUUUGGGUGAUUUUCUGGGGUCUUUAAAGAGUAAAUCCAAACCAAUAACUUAAAUUGUUUAUUGCUCCUGCAGCAGGCAGCUAAUGAUGUCUGCCAUAUUGUUUGAUUGUAUCCCAGAUUGCAUUGCAACUGGACUGUGACAACCAAUGGCAGGCUGUUCCCCUGUCAGGCCAUGCUUUGCCAAACACUGCAUGUGCAAACACUUAGAAACUGGAGAAGAGAGCCUGAAUGACUCAUAAUGGAGAGAAAGUGACACAGAGAGGCUGUGACGUGUCACUCUGUGUCACUGCAGACAGGAAAUUCUUUAAACAAUGACUCUAGUUCCCAAAAGCCCCAUUUUGUGUAAAUAUGUGAAUAUUUUGAAGAAUUUUUGUCACAGAAUUUUUAUUUAUUCACUUCUUGGUCCCAAAGAAAAAGGAGAACAAGUUUUUACAAAAACACCUAAGCCAUUGUUAUUUAUUUCGGAUUUUCUUUUGUCUUCGAAGUCCCAUAACUUCUUUUAAAAUUCCAGUGACAUUUCUGCAGAAGACAUACUCUCAAAAGCCAGGUUGCCCUGCAAAAAGGAUGUUUAGAGCUUGACUGUGCACCACAGGGUUGAUGUUUUACAAGCUAUUAGAGGCAAUAAGUCCAGGUGAGACACAAUGGUUAAAAAACAGCUGAGGGCUCAGAGGGUUAAAUUCAUCUCUCAAAUUUAACCUUUUCUUUAGAAACCAUGCGAAAAGGUUUUUUUUUUAACUUAUAUGAUAAAUGUUGUUGCUAAUGAUCUUAUUUGCAUUAAUAACUCAUAAAUUAAUCAGAGCUGCUCUCAGUGUGUCCCAAAACAAGCUUAAACUCCUCACAGUAGCUUUAAAGAGCAAAAGUAGGGCAGUAUAUCUAGUCUUUUCACUCACCUUUAGAUAAAGUCACAGGUUGUGAGAACUUACAUGUCACCCUACAGUAAAGUCGGUAUGUAACAUGGCUCAUUGUAGUGGUGCAGUGCAGUUGCCAGUGCUGCUGACACCAAAUAUCUCCCUCCUGCAGUGCAGCACCACAGAGUGUCACAUUAGGACGUUUGAAAAAUGCCUGUUUGUUUUGGCCUGGAGCUUGGUAGUCAGAAAGUCACAGCUAAAUUUAACUUCUUUUUCAUGAAUUUGCAAAGCUAAAUGCAUUCUUAGAGCUGCUAGACACUGGGAAAUGGUGUCAGUCUGGCCUUUCAACACUUUAUUUGUAGUGAGGGAUGUAACGAUACGCUCAACUCAUUACACCAUAAGUAUCACAGUAUGAUAUAAUCUUAUCCAAAUUUAGAAAGAUAAAAGAUUUGAUCCUCAAAAUCAAAUCCCUCAGGUGCAUCUCAAAAAUUAAAGUAUCAUGAAAAAGUUCAUAUUUUCAUGUGAUUUAACUCAAAUUUGUUUCCAUAUAUUCUAGAAUCAUCUCAUACAAAGUGAAACAUUUCAGUUAUUUAAUUUUGAUGAUUACAGCUCACUAAAAAAAUCCACUAUCUCAGAAUAUUAGAAUAGCACAAAACGUCAGUCCAAGAAAAGGAUUUAUAAUACAGAAAUGUUUACCAUCUGGAAAAUUUUGCUCAUUUGUCACUCAGUGAUUAGUUGGAGCUCCUCUCACACAAAUAUCUGCAUCUCUGCUUGUGUCAUGGAGGCGAUCAGUCAGUGGUCUUGCUGGGGUGUUAUGAAACCCAGGUUGCUCUGAUAGCAGCCUUCAGCUUGAGUCUGGAUGUUGAGUCUGGUGUCUCUCAUCUUCCUCAGAGAUUCUCUAC